AUGACCUAUCGGACCACCCUGGACCUGCUCUUCAGAUCACAGAGAUUUGUCCCCAACUACAAAUGUGACACCAGGAAAAGCCUCACAGCCAUUAUUGGGGGCCUCAGCUCUGAAACGUCAUCCUAUAUAGCCAACAUUGUUGGUUUAUACAAGAUUCCACAGGAAACAGAAGGUGGAUUUGACAUCAUCAACCUUCUCAUCUUUCCAAAUUCCUCAUUCCAGAGAGUGAAAGUUGGAAGAGUGGAUUCUGAUGCCCCAGAAGGAAAGGAGUUGGCCAUCAAUGAUGACAUGAUUGUUUGGCAUAGAUGGUUCAAUGAGGUCCUUCCCAUUUCUCUGUGCAAUGAAUAUUGUCAUCCUGGUUAUCAGAAGAGAAAGCAUGAAGGGAAAAAAAAUUGUUGCUACGACUGUGUCCCAUGCCCAGAAGGAAAGAUAUCUAACAAGACAGAUACAGUAGCUUGCUUCCAAUGUCCAGAAGAUCAAUAUGCAAACCAAGAAAAAAAUGGAUGUCUCCUGAAAAGUGUAAACUUCCUGUCUUAUGAAGAACCUUUAGGAUAUAGUUUAGGGGGUCUUGCUGUUGCUUUCACCCUCACUACAACAUGGGUGCUGGGAACUUUUAUGAAGCACAAAGACAGUCCCAUCGUCAAAGCCAACAAUCGGGACCUCACCUACACUCUCCUCAUCUCCCUUCUCUUCUGCUUCCUCUGCACUUUGCUCUUUCUUGGACAACCUGGCAGAGUGACCUGUCUCCUCAGACAGUCUGCAUUUGGUCUCACCUUCUCAGUGUCCAUUUCUUGUGUGUUGGCCAAAACCAUCCUUGUUUCUCUUGCCUUCAAGGCCACCAAACCAGGAUCUUGGAUGAAGUCAUGGGUGGGGAAAAAACUAGCCGUUUCUAUUGUCCUUUUCUGUUCUCUCCUCCAAGCAAGUAUCUGUACUGUGUGGUUGUCAACCUCUCCCCCAUUCCCAGAGUUAGACGUGCACUCAAUCACUGAAGAAAUGAUUCUACAAUGCAAUGAAGGGUCCGUUUUUUGGUUUUAUUGUGUCCUGAGCUAUCUGGGUCUCCUUGCCUUUGCCAGCUUCAUUGUGGCUUUCCAGGCUCGCAAACUGCCUGACAGCUUUAACGAAGCCAAGUUCAUCACCUUCAGCAUGUUGGCCUUCUGCAGUGUGUGGGUCUCCUUUGUUCCAACGUACCUCAGCACCAGGGGAAAAGCCAUGGUGGCUGUGGAGAUCUUCUCCAUCUUGUGCUCUAGUGCUGGGCUCCUAGGAUGUAUCUUUUUCCCCAAGUGUUACAUCAUUGUGCUGAGGCCUGACUUAAACAACAGAGAACAACUGGAGAUCAAUGGGAUCCCCAAAAUCUUGGCCAAUGUCACACUUGGUCUCCAUGUAUCAGACAGCUACAAAGACCGAAGAAUGAUGCAUCAAACCACCCUGGACCUGCUUUUCAAAUCAGUUGCAUUUCUCCCGAACUAUGAAUGUGGCACCUCUAAGAACCUCAUGGCCAUCCUUGGAGGACUUGGAUCUGAUACCUCUUCCCAUAUUGCAGGCAUUAUAGAUGUCUACAACAUUCCUCAGAUUGAAGUCCUCCAAGACUAUGAGUCUGUGGAACUCCACUGCCAACCCAGAAAUGGAGUCAAGGGGCUCAGGUUGCUCUGCAGCAGGGAGGCUGGUACAACAGCAAAAACUGUCACAGGCCAGUUUGACUCAGACUCUGGAUCUGAAGAAGCUGCUCCAGCUGAAUCUGUGGAAUAUCAGCCUCAGGAGACUCCAAGCCGGGAGUCACCUGAGGCUGAUCAAACCCAGCACCACCUGAACAGCUGGAGCAGCCAGAUGAUGAAGACAUAA